AUGAGGAAUUGGAACUUGAAGAUUGAUUUUUGCUUCAUUUCAACGGAUGAACAGGAUGAUAAGCAGUUAUUGGAUCCACUCCUAAGGAAGCAUGCAGCAGUAUUUGAAGGUGAGUUAGGCCGUUUCAAACACAACCAGAUUCAUUUGGCUCUGAAGAAGGACGCUGUACCAAAAUUCUGCAAACCAAGGAAAAUCCCGUUGGCAUUCAAAGAGAAAGUUGAAGCGGAACUGGACAGAUUGCAGAGUUCAGGAAUAAUUUUGAAGGCCCCUUCUUCUGAAGCUGAAUGGGGUUCACCGUUAGUUCCAGUUCUGAAGAAAGAUUACCGUGUCACCGUAAAUCCGUUCCUGUUGGACGAUCAUCAUCCAUUUCCUGUUAUCGAGGACAUUUUUGCGGCACUCCAGGGAGGAAAAUAUUUUGCCAAGUUAGAUUUGAAGAAUGCGUACUACCAGCUUGAAGUUGAUAACGAGACGAAGAAGAUUCUGGAAUGGAGCACGCAUCGUGGAGUUUAUUGGAUGAACCGUCUUCCGUUUGGCACGAAACCAGCCUGUGCAAUAUUUCAAGGUACGUUGAAGCGAGUUCUUCAAGGUUGCCGUGGUACUGUUAUCUAUCUAGAUGACGUUUUGAUUUCCGGGGUGACAGGACGGGAACUCCUGGAGAAUCUGGAUGAAGUUUUGAGUGGUCUGAAGGAAGUCGGGUUUCUGUUGAACAAAAACAAAUGUGUAUUCUUCAAACAGACGGUAGCGUACCUCGGACAUGUAAUUGAUGAAGAUGGACUACACAAAUAUCCGGAAAAGGUGAGAGAAAUUUUGGAUAUCAAGGAUAUUUGA